AUGGAGAACUUAUGUGAUAAAGAAGAGAGUGAGGACGAAGCCAAAUUUGGAUUUAUAGACUCUGCAGAUAGAGAGAGGAAUGCAAGAAAAAAAUCUCAGAAAAUUGAGGAAUUUGAGUCUUCUUUUGAUGAAAAUAAUGAUUUGAGCCAUCAAGCUACGAAGAGUGAUAUAGAUUUCGAGCAACGCGGUCUGCUGCCUUUUGAUCUAGAGCAAACCUGGCCGAUAUAUCCGUCUUUGGACAAAAGAGGGCGCAUCACAACUAAACGCCAGCAAAAAUAUCAGGUCAUAGGAAUUCCUCGAAACAAAACCAUAGAUCAUAUUGAACAGCAACAGAAUUCUCUGUCAGGUGACUCCUUCAAAAAGUUAGCGGCAGAGCACAGCGAAAAACUCAGUUGGAUGAAUAAACAUUAUCCUUCAAUGCGCAGCAACAGUUUAGCCCUGCAAGAUGGCCAUUCGUUAUUGCCCUGCAUCUCUGUGACGACAGACACAGCUAGAAAUAAUUCCAAAAUUGUUGAUGAUAAGUCCACUUCUGAUGUGAAGCAGCGGAAGCUUUUAAAGGAUCUGAGAGAAGUAAAACCAAUUGAUGAACUUGGAUCUCAAGAAUUUCAGGAUCAUUCAAUAAGGAUUUAUAACAUGUUGAAUGAAUCGCAAUUCGGCCACAGAUUAUCAAAUAAUUCUUCUGGUUCUCCAAGCAAUAUAAUUAUGGCCCAUUCUCCAGCCACAUCUGAGAACCCCAACCUUCCUGAACAGGCAGUUAGUUGCACUUUCCCGUCUUCCAGCCUUUCUCCCAGUCAUGUUGCUGCGCGACCUCAAAAGUGGAGCUAUCUACGUGCAGCUCUUACGGCGUCGUCAACCUCCAGGCAGAAACAAAGCGGAUCUGGAAUAAUUGUCUGCGGUAGCGAUAGAAAUGCCAAAGCUGAACGCCGUGAUUCGUUUAUUAAACGAUUCACUACUCAACGAGGCGUGGCUGACCGUCAAGAUGAAUUUUUUCCUUCAAUGACUAAUAGAGAGAGUCCUUUUCUUAGUACUGAUAUCGGUGAAUCUACUUCGGCCCCAGCCGCGGCAACAAUAAAGCCAGAUGUGGAAUCAGAAGGGUCUCCAACUAAAGCUGGAAUGCUGCAGACAUUCACACAUUCGGAAACACUAAGUCAUACACGGUCAAAGCAGGCUUCAGUCGAAGAAAUUACGAGUAAAAGUAGCAUAGAAAAUAAUUUAUCACAAAGAGCAGAUACAGAGCUGGCUCAAGAGACUAAAAUCUCCAGUAAUUUAGUGACGCAUCUUUACAAUGAAGCUGACCUGCACAGC